GGGGAGCUUUGUAGACUGUAACACUAAAGCUACUUAGCGCCACUCGGCCGGCCUUCCAAUUUGACUCCUCCCUCGGGCACAUCUGAUUUUCAACCACUUCUCAAUCUCAAUCUCCAUCCACGACACAUCCGUCGACACAUCUUCUAUCCGCUCCCAACUUUGAUAAUUUGCAUCGCGGUAUCUGUGUAAUUGCACUGCACUGCUCGUGGACGAACACCUUCCGAUAUCGACCCCUCUCAACCAGUUCGAAAGGGAUUCUCAAUUCGCCAACCCGAUACCGCAAUUACUACGACUUGUCAGAACACAUCUAAUAUACAACAAUCUCAAAGAUGGGGAGCUUCAUAUUCAAAUGGGACCAUUCUGCCGAUGAGGUCUACGUGACUGGUACCUUCGAUAAUUGGGAGAAGACCGAGAAGCUGGUCAAGACGGGCGAUACCUUCGAGAAGGAUGUUACUCUGCCAAGCGCGGCUGAGAAGAUAUACUAUAAGUUCGUUGUCGACGGCGUCUGGACUACCGAUCAUACUGCGCCGCAAGAAAACGACGCUUCAGGCAAUCUGAACAACGUCCUCACUACAGAACGAAUCAAGAAACAUACACCCGAGACAGCCGGAAUUAUGGCUGGCGUUGCUCCUACCUCUACGACUGCCGAUUUGGCAAAAGAUGUUCCCCUUGAGAAGGCUCCACUUGAGAACACAGCUUCCUCAGAUCUUCCCGGAUCCUUCCCCGAGACUCCAGCCGCAACCGAAAAAGGAGACUUUUCUGUCAACCCUCUGCCAGCAGCAGAUGGCGCUGUGAACCCUAUCAAGCUUGCGCCGGGCGAGAAAGUCCCAGACCCAAGCAUCUUUACAAACAACACUGUCACAUCUGGUGUUCAUGAUGACCCAGAACUUGUUGCUGCAGCGAAAAAGGCUGAAGGAGAACAAACCUUCGGUGUUUCCCCACUUCCUGCUUUCCCUGGUGCUGUGAAUCCAGUUACUACCGCUCCCGGCGAGAAGAUUCCAACUUCGGAGAAGCUGACUGGAAAUACUAUCAAUUCCUCGGUUACCACUGAUAAGGAGUCUUACGAGAAGAGUGGCGGACUGGGAAACGCUCCUGUUCUCCCCCCUGUUGUCACUCCUACCGCUGAGCGAGAACUCAAUGGCACUGGUGUUCUGGACAUGCCACCAGCAAAGAAUUUAAUUCCCGAAUCAAGCUUGCCAAUGGGAGCUGCUGGUGUGGGAACUUUCGACGCUAGCCCUACGAUACAAUCAUCUGGUCCCCAAAGCACGACUGCCCAGCUUGCUGCUGCUGUCCCUCUCGAAUCUUCGAAAGUACCAGAAGUUGUAAAGGAAAGCCAACAAGAAGCCGGCUUUGCUCCUGAAGCAAGCGCUGUACCAGCUGAGGUUAGUGAGAAGAGCGCAGUUGAGAAAGAACUUCUCAACGAAGUUCCAGAGGCUCCAGCUACAUCCGAAGGUACUGCAGGAAAGGGCACAGAUAAGUCAGAGAAGGGUGUCACGGCGGGCGAAGCUGCCGCAGCUGUGGGUGGAGCGGCUGUUACUGCCGGAGGAGUUGCUGCUGCCUACGCAUCUAAUGCUGCCAGCAGUCUCCCACCAUCAGUCACUUCUAAGCUCCCCGAGUCCAUCCAAAACUCUAUUGCGGCGACGAAUGCCAAGGCAGACUCUCAAUCCACCGCUAAGGAUACACCAGAAGUCGUGAAAGAGUCGAUUGCCGAAUCUGGCCAAAGCCCAGAAGCUGCUGCCAAUGAGAAUGCUGUUCUGGAGAAGAAGGCUGUUGAGAAGGAGUUGCUGUCUGAGAUCAAGCCUGAAACAUCUACCGGCGAGUCUGCACCCAAAAUCACCUCGACUGGAACAUCUGGCGGUCUCAAUGCCCCAGCUUCUGCAGCUGUCGCUGGCCAGCCAAUUGAAUCACGCGAUGUUUCACCAGGGACUGUUCCAGGAUCGCACACAGAAACUCAGACCGCACCAACAGUCACUUCGGGUGUAAGCGCUACCACAACAACAGACAAGACAAGCGCUGCACCCGCCACCCCUGCAAAGAGCACGGCCGCUACCCCUUCAACUCCUGCAAAGGCCACGCCAGGAAGUAGCAAGGCAGGCGAUAGCCCCGCUAGUUCCGCUACCGACAAGGCCGACAAGAAGAAGAAGCGAACCAGCUUUUUCGGAAAGCUCAAGGCCAAGCUUUCCCACAAAGAUUAAAAUCUAUAAUCUUUUGAAUCAGAGACCAGAUGCAGUAAUAUUGGGGUGAUCGGAAGACGGAGUCCGAGUGUACGAUAUUGACAGAGCGCUUUCCUGGUCGCGUUGUAAUGCUGAGGACCUAGGAGGGAUGGGCGGAAGAUCUUGCUAUGCGAACGCGAAAGUGCUUAUUGAUACCGAUUGGAACCGAUUUACUCUUGCUGCUCUUGCGUUUUUUGUCGUUGCCUUCUAUCUCGUCUUAGGUUGUCUUUUCGUUCCAAUACCAUUUUCUUGUUGUUUUUGCGUGCAUCAUCAUCAUCGUCAGGGGUUCAUGCAUAUGACUCUCUGAUGAAGGAGGAGAGCAAUGAUAAUGGCUUGAGGUGGAGCGGAGAAGAGGAGAAGACGUGCGUGGAGGAGCGAUUGUGUGUUGGUGUGUGUUUUGGAAAAGUGUAGAUAAGAUGUGAAGUUAGUUUGCUAUGCAUUUCGACCU